CGCAGAACUGCAAGCACCGGAGAACCGCAAGCACUGGAGAACUGCAAGCACCGGGGAACUGCAAGCACCAGGGAACUACAAGACCUGGAGAACUGCAAGCACCGUAUAACUGGACUGUACACUACGCAGUGUGUGAAUUUCUCAUAUCAUGGAUUCAGAGGGAGAGGAAAUCUAUAUGAACAAUAUGUUUGAAGACUCAGCUUUGCCGCUCAUUGAUACUCAGGUGGUAGCAAUUAACCUAAAUGGAGAAAAGUACCACGAGGAAACGACCAACAUGAUAAUGAAUAUAUCAUUACGGGAUGAUGAACCAGCCUUGCCGAAUCCUCCUGAUCAACCAGCUCGAGUGAUCCCCAAGCCAAGGCAUAACAUUAGAGAAAAAAGAAAAUCUGUUUAUGAGCUUCUGACCCUUUCAAAGUUAGAAAAAUACAGAUGGUCUAAACUCACACUUGGGGAUGUCCUGAAAAUUGGACAAGAAAAUUUAAAGAAAACAAUGAUUACAAAUCUAGAAGAGGUGCCCUGGCAUUUCCUCCAGAACCUUAUGGCACUCAAUGGCACUGCAAGGAACACGCAACUUGACCCAUCUUUACUGAACAUAGAAUCAAGCAGUUCACAAGAUGAGGAUAACGAUUUUUUUGAUGAAACAGAUACAUCUGAUUCUAUUCACCCUCUUGACAUGCUGUGUAGUAUCCUGCAUUGCUCGGAUAGUUUUUUGCAACAAGAAAUUGUAACAAAAAUGUCCAUGUGCCAAUUUGCUGUCCCUCUGCUGCUCCCAGCUGGUGACAGCUCAGGAUGUACCCUUAUGCUGUGGGCGUUGAGGGACAUUGUUAAGAGAUGGAGACCCCACUCAUUAGUGGAGACUAAAGGGUGUAUAGAAGACAGCUUGGUAAGCACACCCAUGACAACCAUCUCUUUUGUAAGAUUGGGAGAAUGCAAUUUAUCCAAGUCAAAAAUACUUAACCAUGUUCUGAGCCCAGUACAACAGCAUCAUGAUUACUUUGUACAUCAAAACAUGGAGGGUGGAAAUAUUCAACGGGAAAUCUCAGAUGGGUUGGUUGAAAUAUCCUGGUAUUUUCCAGCAGGUAGAGAAAACUCUGAUGUUUUCUCAGAACCUGUAGCGGUUAAUAAUCUACGUGGAGACCUGGAGACCAAUUGGAAUCAGUUCUGUUUUCUAUCACAGAUAUCUUCAGCGAUGUUUAUAUUCACAGAGAGUAUUAAUGAUAGAGAAUACAGUCUGCUAUUAAAUGCUACCACAUCAGAUACUCAAUACUAUAUUAUUAUUGCACCGUUUUCCAGAUGUAUAAAUGAGGAGACACAGAAAAAUAUAAAAAUGCUGUAUCCUGUACUAAAUAUAAGUCGGAAGAAUAUUUUGGUGAAGAACAACACAGUAAAUGAUGCUGAAUUGGUGAAGAAAGUACAAUUUAUUAUUGAGGAUGUGAUAAAAAAUUCCCCAAAGAUUGUGAAACUAGAGGAAAUGUCAUCUACAGCUGUUGAGUUUGGAAUACAUGUAGAUGAGAACACCAGAGAACAUCAGAGAGCAAAAGAAAUUGCCCUUGAAAUUACAGACAAUAUACAGGAUGUGGUGGGCUAUAAGUCAGAAACAAUGAGAAUGCAGGGAGAUCUCUGGAAACAGUUGUCUCAAACUGAAAAGGAACUGUGUAGACUGAAGAAACAGGGAAAUGAAAGAUCAGAAGAUUACAUAGCAAAGCUCACAAAUAAAUAUUCUCAGCUGAGAAAGGAACAAAGUGAGCAAGAAUUAUCUGAUGGUGUGACCAACUUCAUAGCUGCCCUAAGAUGUUUGUCUCAGACAGAGGUACAUUAUUUCCUGAAAUGGAUGAAGUUUCUUCUGGAUUCAAUUGCAAGACAUAAUCUUUCUGCAUUACAGGCUGAAUACAAGGAGAACUGCUCCAAUUUGUCAACCAACCUUGAAAAACUAAAACAAUUAGAUCAAAAAAUAUUGAAUAGCUCUUUAGGUGUUGAACACUUUAUGCGUGAAGUAGGUCAGUUUUAUGAGGCUGAAUUUACCAAAAAAGGGAAUGAGGAAACAAUUGAAGAACUUAUGAAAUUGUCACGUAAAAUCCCAGGAAUAGCAGCUGAUCUCCUGCUGGAUGGAUUUCCUCUGGAGCUGAUUGACGGAGAUGCCUCCAACAUCCCUCUUCAGUGGGUAACUGAUGUCUUGAGUGAGUUGGACAACAAGACAGGAGGAGGGUGCAGGCUAAGGGUAAUAACUGUUCUGGGGGUGCAGAGCACAGGGAAAUCUACCCUUCUAAACACCAUGUUUGGAUUGCAGUUCCCUGUGGCCAGUGGACGCUGCACACGAGGAGCCUUCAUGACACUUAUUAAAAUAAAGGAGAACUUCAAAGAGGAGCUGGGAUGUGACUUUAUUCUGGUAAUUGACACUGAAGGUUUGAAAGCUCCAGAACUGGCUUCUCUGGAGGACAGUUAUGAACAUGACAAUGAGUUGGCAACGCUUGUUAUUGGGUUGAGUGACAUCACUAUCAUUAACAUGGCCAUGGAGAAUACAGCAGAAAUGAAAGACAUUUUGCAGAUUGUGGUCCAUGCGUUUCUUAGAAUGAAAGAAAUAGGAAAGAAACCCAAUUGUCAGUUUGUGCAUCAGAACGUCAGUGAUGUAUCUGCGCAUGAAAAAAACACGAGGGACAGAAAGAAACUAUUGGAGCAACUGGAUGAAAUGAUAAAAGUAGCAGCAAAGAUGGAAGAGAAAAACAAUGUAACAACAUUUGCAGAUAUAAUGGAGUAUGAUGAUGAGGAAAACAGCUGGUACAUUCCUGGCCUAUGGCAUGGUGUGCCCCCCAUGGCUUCAGUAAACACUGGAUACAGUGAGAAGGUUUUUGAACUUAAAAGACAUUUGUUUGAAAUUUUGAAAAAGCGUGGAACAAGAAACAUUCAAAAUAUUUCUGACUUUCUGAAAUGGAUAAAAAGCUUGUGGAAUGCUGUGAAAUAUGAGAAAUUUAUCUUCAGCUUCAGGAACAGCUUAGUGGCUGAAGCUUACAACAAUCUUUGUAUAAAAUACUCAGAACUGGAGUGGAGCUUCCGCAAAAAGAUGCAUAAGUGGAUGACUGAAGCAGAAAAUGAAAUCAGAAAUCAGCCAGUUACUAAACUGCAUACCGAUAUGUGUGCAGAUAUUAAAGGAAAUAUGUAUUGUGCUCUGCAGGUAGAGGAGAGCAUCAUAGUUGAAUCACUGGGAAAAUAUUUUGAUGGUGGGUACAAAUAUGCCCAUCUGAUAGAGAGAUACAGAGAAGACUUCUUCAGAAGCAUAACCUGUCUAACAAAAGAAUAUGAAGAUUAUCUAUGGAACAAGUGUGAGGAAGUUUUUAGUAUACAGAAAGGAAAAUAUGAGAUACAAAGUGUUCAGGAUGGAUAUCUAAAGACCAUUGAAGAGAAAGCCAGAAGGCUACUGGAGAAUUGCAGAAACAAGAAAUUUAAACUUAGUGACAAGGAAAUAGAAUCUGAAUUUGAGAUCAUGUGGAAUGAAACAUUAUCUUCAUUACAACUAAGAAAUUUAACAAGACGGGACGUUGGCCGAGAGAUCCUGGAGCAGCUGAGAAAAGACAUGAGAAAUAAGGUAGGUUAUGUUAACGAGAAAUUAAAUGGUGUUAAUAGCCUAGCAGAAUAUGGACAUAAAAGUAUGAAAAUUGAAUUAAAAUAUACUCAAAGUAGCUGGUUCCAGAGCAUACCAGAAACAUUCCAUGCAGACUUUUGGUAUAAAGUGAAUGAUCUUGCCUCCUCUCUGCUAGAAAAAUGCACGAGUCAUAUCACGGAACAAAAAGACACAAUAGAAGACUAUCAUCAAACAUAUUGCCAAGAAAUACUUAGUAUUAUAAAUGGCAGACUUAAUCAAACUGAUGCCAAAAAUCUCCAUACCAUACCACUGUUUGAGCUGGAUUUGAAACUUCACAUUUUAGGAAAAAUAACACCAAUCUUUCAGAAGAUACAUGAUGAAUUUGUCCAGGAAAAUAGCCCAAAACUUUGUAUGGAAAAGCUAAAACCUCAAUACUUCUCAAUUUUCAAAUGUAUUUACCAUGAGAAGGAUGAAUGUCUACACAGGGCUCAGAGAUUCUGUGAGUCUUGCCUUAAACCAGCAUUAACCGUACACAUGAACAAAAACCUUGGAAAAGAAAUUGUGAAUGAUAUCUUGACAAGUGGUGACUCCAUAAAAUAUAGCAGUCGGACAUUUUUCCAGUUUUCUCUACUUAAAGAGCUUCUGGAAAAGAAAAUAUUUGCCCAGUAUAUAAAAUAUAGCAGCAAAUAUGAAAGCUUUGUAAAAAAAUGGAUAAAAGAACACAUUAUAAAUAAAUACAGAAAAUCUACAGAUCUAGAAGUUUUAAAGUUAAAUAUUCUCUUGUCGCUGAAAACAAAAAUUAGAGACGUCUUGAAAAACCCAAAGAUACGAGAAAGUUCUGACGUGGCAAAUUUUCUACAAAUAUUUUGUGACAUGUUAAAAAAGGAUUUAGUCAUCUCAAAAAAUGAGAUGAAAGUGGUGAUUUUUCAGAAUACGGCAAAUGUCUACCAGUUUUCAGAUGAUAUUGAUUUGUUCUUGGGUAAUAUAGAAGAUCACAUCAUAAAAGAUGCAAAGCUUGUUACCAUUGAAGCUGUGCUAUCUAAAGUCACAAUGAAACCUCAGGAUGAAUUGUUUAAAAAGGUGUUUGGAUGUGGGAGGCAGUGCCCUUUCUGUAACGUGCCCUGUGAAGCUGGCGCUGCUGACCAUAAGGAGCACUUUGCGUCUGUUCAUAGACCUCAGGGGUUAGGAGCAUACAGAUGUGUAGAAUCUAAAGCUCUUUCCCAUGCUGUAUGCUCUGCUGACGUGGUGGGAGAUACAACAUUCCAGAAUGCAGAUACAGAAUGGAAACCUCACCCAUAUAAAGAUUACCGCAAAUAUUACCCAGACUGGGCUAUUCAGCCAGACCCAACUAUUGGAGCCUCUGACUACUGGAAAUUUAUCUUUAAAGAGUUUAACAGAGAAAUUGCAGAAUAUUACAAUGCUAAGCCAGCUUUACUUGAGCCUGAUUGGUUCAAUAUAACCCAAGAGCAGGCACUACAAAGUCUAAAUGAAUCAUUCAACAUGAUAUAAAGAAAAUAAAUAUCACCACAACUAAUUCUACCCUCUGGGUGUUUAGUAGGGAUUAGAUCUCACAAUACACUAAAGGCAGGAGAUUUUAUAUAUAUAUAUAUAUAUAUAUAUAUAUAUAUAUAUAUAUAUAUAUAUUUAUAUAUCAUUUUUUUAUAUUUUAAUAUAGGGACCUUUAUGCCCCAUUAAGAGGACAUUUGUAA